AUGACAGACCCAGCGCGUGGAAGCCAGGAACAGUUCCAAGCAGCCUUCCAACAGCAAAGGGAGUUCUACGCUGGCAGAACGGAGAUCCGCACAGUACAGGGGGCGUUCUUUGAGGAGCACAGUCGCAAGAGGCGUGAGCCCCCCACGCCGGUCGCCUCAGGGCUGACCACACCGCAGGAGGGCACCCCAGUUCCGACAGACGGCCCGGUGAGUGGAUUGGUGGUGCCAACCCUUCUGGAAGAUGAAACGGCCUUCCAAGUCACAGCCGGUGAGUUGGGCGCAGAUGUGAACAACCCGCAAUCGGUGCAGCAGGUUUUGGCCGCUCCUGUCCACACCGCCAAGGACGUGUUGCGCAUCGUGCGUGGGUACCACAAGGCAGUGGUGCGUCCUGAGAUGUACGGCCUCGUGCUGCAGCUUGAAAGUGCGUUGCUCAAGGUGAACGACGCAGUCUUUAGCUGUCGCCGUGAACUGGCCUUCAUGACGGCAGACAACCGCUCGGAGCAGAAGAGGUCGUGCGGCUUGCUACUGGUCACAACAGGCUGGCCCAACGGUCUCAAGCCGGAGCAACGUGAGUUCAUGAUCGGCUGGAUGAUCGAGCAGCUCCCAGAGGCACAGAAUUUCCUGCGCAACCGUGGGUUCCUCCGCGAGGAUGCCGACCACACCGCCCAGCACGCGCAGAUGUGGUUCAAUAUCCUCAACACGGACCCCACCACGGUACCCCAGGGCACAUUCUGGAGUGGAAUGACGAUGCUGCACUUCAAAUCCUGGGACCUUCGGCAGGCUUUUUUAAAGCGGUACGGAGGGCAGGGCGGAACUCCUCUCUACACCGCCCCCACAGUGCCUAUCACCGGCAAGCACGUCCGCGUCUCACCUUGUUCACCUCAGUGGCAGCGAAAACUCGAGAUGCCACUGAGGGUUGUCAUUUCGGUGCUGAACGCGCACCCUGACACACAGGGAAAGAGGCUCAUCAUCCUUUGGAAAAGCCUCAUAAUUAUGGAGCCAGUCGAGGGUCCGGACUUUCAACCCGACCACACCGCCUGGUGUCGGCUUUUUUACGAGGAAGCCGAAGGCUCCUUUCAAGCCCGGUUGGAGACGUCCCCACCGCUGACCCGUAUCAUGCACUCUCCUCCUACCACGGUGGGGUGUAAGGAGGAGACGCUUUUCGCAGAACACUGGAAUACGGUGAUCUGGGGCACGCAAUUCGAAUUGGAUGAAAUGGAGCGUAUCGCUUACCGGCAGGCCAAGCAUGAGGGCCACACCGCCGGAAAAGGGACCUUUGUGGGAAAAUCCCGCAAGCAUUGGUCCAAUGUAGUGCUCCACAAUUCCUAUUUCUCGCCGUAUCCUUUUGAGCUCCAGCACAACGCAGUGGAGCAAGUUGCGUUCGUCUGGGACGAACUUUGUCAAAAGAUGGGCGUCCCAGAACAACAGGUGGGCGACAUAGCAGCCGCCACCUACCAAGGGAAGCCCGUCGCACCCGACGCCGCUAGCCACACCGCCGCGGCAGAGGACGUAGAGAUGGAGCGUUCCGAGAACCCUUUUGCAAAGGCCCCCCCGCCCACGAGCAAGGGCGCAGGCAAGCAAGGCCACACCGCCUGA